AUGGCAAGUAACUUGCUGUUCAAAACAACAAUACUUUUAAUUGUACUUUCUGUAAUUGCUGCUGUUGGUCUCGUAUCAGCAACAUGCAGUUCAGACACUGAAUGUUUAUUGUCCCAGACAUGUGACCUCUUGGGUACAAUGGAAUGUCAGGAUGUUUUCUGUGGUGAAACAUUAGAUGAACAAUCUUGCUAUUCUAAUGGUAAUUGUACUCGUGGUGUUUGUCAAUGUUCAGAAGGUUUCAUUGGUUUAUUCUGUAAUGAUACCAUUACCACUUGUGGUGAAACAUUGGAAGAACAAAAUUGUUAUGGUAAUGGUACAUGUGUCGAUGGUUUCUGCAUAUGUAUUGAAGGUGUGAAUGGUACAUUCUGUAAUGAAACAACUCAAGAACCACAAGUCCCUACUCAACCAGUUAACUGUGGUUUCACAGAAGAUGAAAAUAUUUGUUAUGGUAAUGGUACAUGUGUCGAUGGUUUGUGUAUUUGUAACGAGAAUGUUAAUGGUACAUUUUGUAAUGAAACCUUCAGCAUGGAACCACAACCAGAAUUGGUUAAAUGUGGUACUACAGAAGAAGAGAAUAAUUGUUAUGGCAAUGGUACGUGUGAGAAUGGUUUUUGUACUUGCAAUGAAGGUAGUAAUGGUACAUUCUGUAACGAAACCAGUCCAGUUCCCAGCCAACCUGAACCAAUUAUUUGUGGUACAACUCAGGAAGAAAGUAAUUGUUAUGGUAAUGGAACAUGUCUUGAUGGACUGUGUGUUUGUAUUGAAGGCGCUAAUGGUACUUUCUGUAACGAAACAGCUCCUGAAAUCCCAACUCAACCAGAGCCAGUUAAAUGUGGUUUUACAGAAGAUGAAAAUAACUGCUAUGGUAAUGGCACUUGUAUUGGUGGCUCCUGUAUUUGCAAAGAAGGCGCAAAUGGUACAUUCUGUAAUGAAUCAAAUAUAGAACCUGAAAUUCCACAACCUUUACAAUGUGGUGAAACUUUGGAAGAGAAUAAUUGCUACAACAAUGGAAGUUGUGUAAAUGGAUUCUGUGUUUGUAAUCAAGAUGUUAAUGGUACAUUCUGUAACGAAACUAAUCCUACUGAACCUCAAGUUCCAACUCAACCAAUUAAAUGUGGCGAAACAACAGAAGAAAAUAGCUGCUACGGAAAUGGAACAUGUGUUGAUGGUUUGUGUGUUUGCAACGAGAAUAUUAAUGGUACAUUCUGUAACGAAACAUCUCCAGAUCCAGUUGUUCCUGAGCCUGUCAAAUGUGGUGAAACUAUAGAAGAAAAUACUUGUUAUGGUAACGGUACAUGCAUUGAGGGUGUUUGUAUUUGUUUUAUUGGCGUGAAUGGUACAUUCUGUAACGAAACAACUCAAGAUCCAACUCAACCAGAACCAGUAGUUAAAUGUGGUUCGACCGAAGAAGAAAAUAACUGUUUUGGAAAUGGUACUUGUGUUGAUGGCUUGUGUGUAUGUUUUGAGAAUGUUAAUGGCACAUUCUGCAAUGAAACAACUACAGAACCAGUUACUCCAGAACCAGAACCUGUCAAAUGUGGUGAAACAUUGGAAGAAAAUAACUGUUACGGUAAUGGAACCUGUUUAAAUGGUAUUUGUGUUUGUGAUUCAAAGGUAAACGGAACAUUCUGUAAUGAAACAACUCCUGAAACUCCAAUUCCUCAUCCUGAACCAGUUAAAUGUGGAUCAACCAUGGAAGAAAACAACUGUUACGGAAAUGGAACUUGCAUCAAUGGUGUCUGUGCUUGUAAUUCAAACGUAAAUGGUACAUAUUGCAAUGAAACAAAUUCUGAUUCUCCACAACCUGAACCAAUUAUUUGUGGUACAACUCAGGAAGAAAGCAAUUGUUAUGGUAACGGCACAUGUCUUGAUGGAUUGUGCAUCUGUGUUGAGGGUAUGAACGGAACAUACUGUAAUGAAACAACUGCUUCAGAACCUCAAAUUCCAACUGAACCAGUUAAAUGUGGAUCAACCAUUGAAGAAAAUAAUUGUUAUGGAAAUGGAACUUGCAUGAAUGGUAUUUGUGUUUGUAUUACCAACGUUAAUGGAACCUUCUGUAAUGAAACAAGUCAUGAGCCUCAACCAGAACCUGUUGUUAAAUGUGGUUUCACUGAAGAUGAGAAUAAUUGUUAUGGAAAUGGAACUUGUUUGAAUGGUGUCUGUAUUUGUAAUUCAAACAUUAAUGGUACAUAUUGUAAUGAAACAACAUCAGCACCUGUUACUCCACAUCCUGAACCAAUUAAAUGUGGUGAAACAUUGGAAGAAAAUGCCUGUUAUGGUAACGGAACAUGUGUAAAUGGUAUUUGUAUUUGCAACUCUAAUGUAAACGGAACAUUCUGUAAUGAAACAACUCCAGAAACUCCAAUUCCCCAACCUGAACCAAUUAAAUGUGGAUCAACCGUUGAAGAAAAUAAUUGUUAUGGAAAUGGAACUUGUUUGAAUGGUAUUUGUUCAUGUUUAGGUGGCUCAAACGGUACUUUCUGUAAUGAAACCAUUGUUGAACCAAUAAUUCCACAACCUGAACCAAUUAAAUGUGGAACAACCAUUGAGGAAAAUAAUUGUUAUGGAAAUGGAACAUGCGUAAAUGGUAUUUGUAUUUGUAAUACAAACGUUAAUGGAACCUUCUGUAAUGAGACUUCUGAAACUCCAACACCUCAACCAGAACCAGUUGUUAAAUGUGGUAUCACUGAAUAUGAAAAUAUUUGUUAUGGAAAUGGUACUUGCAUUAAUGGUGUCUGUAUUUGUAAUUCAAACAUUAAUGGUACAUAUUGCAAUGAAACAAAUACAGAACCAGUUAUCCCACAUCCUGAACCAAUUAAAUGUGGUGAAACAUUGGAAGAAAAUGCCUGUUAUGGUAACGGAACAUGUGUAAAUGGUAUUUGUAUUUGCAAUACAACGUUAACGGAACAUUUGCAAUGA